UUAGAAGGAACCCCCAGCAUCAGUAAGCAGUCAGACUUUUAACUCUUAGCCUGAAGGCACUUUUCCAUUCAUACAGAGAGAGAGAAAAGCGAUUAAAAGAUGGUGAAGCUUGCAACUGGAAGCUUCGGCGACUCGUUCAGCGCCACGUCCAUCAGAUCCUAUAUCGCCGAGUUCAUCGCCACCCUCCUCUUCGUGUUCGCCGGCGUCGGGUCCGCCAUUUCGUACGGGAAACUGACGGACGGUGGCGCGCUGGACCCUGCUGGCCUGGUGGCGAUCGCGAUCGCCCAUGCGUUCGCCCUCUUCGUCGGUGUGGCCAUGGCCGCCAACAUCUCCGGCGGCCACCUGAACCCCGCCGUCACGUUCGGCCUCGCGGUCGGCGGCCACAUCACCAUCCUCACCGGGCUCUUCUACUGGGUCGCCCAGCUGCUCGGCGCCUCCGUGGCAUGCCUGCUCCUGCAGUUUGUCACUCACGGCGAGCCUAUCCCGACACACGCCGUCGGCGGGAUCAGCGAGAUCGAGGGCGUGGUGAUGGAGAUCGUGAUCACCUUCGCGCUCGUGUACACGGUGUACGCCACGGCGGCCGACCCCAAAAAGGGCUCCCUCGGCACCAUAGCGCCUAUUGCCAUUGGCUUCAUCGUCGGCGCCAACAUCCUGGCCGCGGGACCAUUCAGCGGCGGCUCCAUGAACCCGGCACGCUCCUUCGGCCCCGCCGCCGUAGCCGGCGACUUCUCUGGCCACUGGGUGUACUGGGUCGGGCCACUCAUCGGGGGCGGCCUCGCCGGGCUUGUCUACGGCGACGUGUUCAUCGCCUCCUACCAGCCGGUCGGCCACCAGGAGUACGUCUGAAGAGCGUCGAUCGGUCCGAACCUUGCCUCGUCGCCGUUGAACUUCAUCAUCACCACGACUUCCUGUUUGAAUUUCGUCUUUGCUUUCGCUUGUAAUCCACCAUGCACAGCAAACCAAUUGUAAUCGACAACACCGCUCGACCUACAUCUGUGAUCAAUCAAGUGGAGAAUGAAUCCAACACUGUCAUAGAGCA